AUGGUAGUGGGAGGUUUCUUCAGGUCUGUGGUUUCUGCUUUUGCUCCAGACAAGCCAGUGAAAUUCACAAAAGGCGAAUCUACAAAGACCAUUGCGGAGAUCAUUGAUGAUGCUGUUCCAGAAUUACGCACUGGAGCUCAGUUCUUGGUGAAUCCACUCUUAUCCAGUGGUCACUCCCAGACAGCUUAUACGGCACUUAAUAAGUUUGAGAAGGUUGAUCUCGUUCACUACAAGAGGAGACUUCUUCACGUUUACUCCGAAAACAAGUUUUACUAUGUAGGCGGAGAUAAGAUGCCUUAUGAUAGGUGGAAAGGAGAAAGUACCUUUGCUAUCGACUAUGUCGUCAAGCCUGACCAGGAGGACGCCAAACAUAUGGAUUUCUGUCCUCAAUCGCAAACAAGCCCACUUCCUCCUAGAACAGAGUACUUGGACCCACAGAAGGAGCAGGGCUUACUUGACAAUGACAAACCUCUUGUCAUUGCCUUGCACGGGCUUUCCGGAGGUUCAUACGAGUCCUACAUUCGUGCAUUUUUAAGCAAGAUUACUGAGCCCCCUUACAAUUUCGAUGCUCUAGUUUUAAAUGCUCGUGGUUGUGCAAACCACACCAUUACUUCUCCACAAUUAUUCUGUGGAUUGUGGACUAAUGAUUUGCGUUAUUUGAUCAAUGAACAUAUUAGCAAGAAAUGGCCUAACAAGAAGAUUUUCUUGAUUGGUUUCUCAUUGGGUGGCUCAAUCACUGCAAACUACUUGGGACAGGAAGGUGCUGAUGUCUAUAAGAAUAUUAAGGGUGCAGCCAUCAUGGGAAGCCCAUGGGAUUUCGCACAAUCUUCUAUUAGUUUGAUGGAUACUUUCUUGGGCAGUCUGGUAUACUCGCCCACGAUGUGCAAGAGCUUGCUCAAAUUGCUUAAGCAUCAUCAUGAGGGCCAUUUGCAACUUGAAGAUGUUGUGAGUCAAUACAGAAAGAACCCAGAGUCUUUCAAGUUGCACACGUUGAAAGACUUUGAUGAUACUUUCACUUCAAGAUUGUUCGGAUUUAACUGUGCCCUGGAGUAUUACAGGCAUGCUUCUCCCGACCAAAGACUUUUGAACGUGAGAGUGCCCACUCUUAUUGUGAGUUCAAAGGAUGACCCAAUUGUGGGCAGUAAGGCUUUGCCUUAUAGCGAGGUCAAGUUGAAUCCUUACACUUACAUGGUCGUCACCAGUAUUGGUGGACAUUUGGGAUGGUUUGAUCUUUCUCAUAACAGAUGGUACCCCGACCCAGUUUCUAAAUUGUUCAGUGCAUUGUCUGAGUGGGACAUGGAACAAUUGGAUCCGCAAAGCUUGCCAAAGGCCACGGACGGAAUCUGGAAACAUGAUAGAAUUAUUCAGUAG